UCCUUCUGUAGUCUGUCAAAGCUAAAAGGGAGAGAGAGAGAGAGAACGAGGCGGACGCUGGAGAGUCAAGGGGCAUAUAAAGAGCACGCGGAAAGCAAAUCAGACUAAACUCGAAGAAGCAAGCGACAGAGCAAUCAGAAGGGUAGAUAGUUACGCUGAAGUCCGGACCGCCUGUUCAUACUUUAUAAAUACGUUAGUCAUUCUAUAACCCCCCUCCUUGUGGAAAAGUGGACUAAUCUCUGGGUGUGCUGGUGAAGGCCCCAGUAAAGGAGGGAUAGAGGAUAAGUGUAUAAAAGAAGAGUGAAAGUGUCUGACUGACGUGGUGACCGAGGAUGAAGAAGAGCAGGAGUGUGUUAGCGGUGACACCAGGCGACGAAACCAAGGAGCCUCCGGGAGUGCCCCUGUUCGGCAGCACCCCGGGGGUGGACCUUCGCCGGGGCCGCAGGCGUCACUCAGGCACGCUAAUGCUGCCCCCGUUGUCGUGGCGACAGGCGGAGAGUGAUCUGGGCCGCACGCCAGAGGAGUGUGUCAUGGCCCGACCCACAAGCCUGCCCUUUCGACCUCCACCACGCAUCGACAUUACCCAUGUCGACCCCAACAGCUUCGAUGUGGAGAAUUCCCCGUCUGCGUGCUGCAGCCCGUCGGACCCCCAGGCAUCGCCGAGCUCCGGCCUGGUCCUGCACCCCAACAUGGGGGGCCACGGGCAGCGCCGCGAGUCCUUCCUCUACCGCUCCGACUCGGACUACGACCUGUCGCCCAAGUCCCGCGAGUUGUCCCGCAACUCCUCGGUCGCUGGAGAACUGCAUGGAGAAGACCUGAUUGUGACUCCUUUUGCACAGGUUCUUGCCAGUCUUCGCACAGUGAGGAACAACUUCACCACCUUGACCAAUGUACAAUGCACCUCCAAUAAGAGGUCACCGGCCGCCCCACAGUCUCCUGUAACCAGAGUCUGUCUGUCAGACGAGUCGUACCAGAAGCUGGCCAUGGAGACGAUGGAGGAGCUGGACUGGUGUCUUGACCAGCUGGAGACCAUCCAGACCUACCGUUCCGUCAGCGACAUGGCUUCCAACAAGUUCAAGAGGAUGUUGAACCGGGAGCUGACCCACCUGUCAGAGAUGAGUCGCUCCGGCAACCAGGUGUCAGAGUUUAUCUCCAACACCUUCCUUGAUAAGCAGAAUGAGUUGGAGUUGCCAUGCCCUAUGGCCAAGACCAGGGAGAGGAAGAAGAGAACCCACCACCAGACCCAGCUGGGGGGUCAGACUCCGAGUCAAGGGACGAUGACCCAGAUCAGUGGGGUCAGGAAGGUCAGCCAAACCCCCGUGCUCCAAGGAUGCAGCGUCAGCCGCUUCGGGGUCAAAACAGACCAGGAGGACCUGCUGUCUAAGGACCUUGAGGACAUCAACAAGUGGGGUCUGAACAUCUUCAGGGUGGCCGAGCACUCCCACAACCGCCCGCUCACAUGCACCAUGUACACCAUCUUCCAGGAGCGAGACUUGAUGAAGACGUUCAAGAUCCCCGCGGACACAUUCGUGACCUUCAUGUUGACCCUCGAAGCGCACUACCACGCCGACGUAGAAUACCACAACAGCCUCCACGCUGCAGACGUGGCCCAGUCCACACACAUCCUGCUCGCCACACCCGCUCUGGACGCCGUCUUCACAGAUCUGGAGAUCUUGGCGGCCCUCUUUGCGGCAGCCAUCCAUGAUGUGGACCAUCCUGGGGUCUCCAACCAGUUCCUCAUUAACACCAACUCCGAGCUGGCCCUGAUGUAUAACGACGAGUCGGUCCUGGAGAACCAUCACCUGGCCGUGGGCUUCAAGCUGCUGCAGGAGGACAACUGUGACAUCUUUCAGAACCUGACCAAAAAACAACGCCAGUCCCUCAGGAGAAUGGUCAUAGACAUGGUACUGGCCACUGACAUGUCCAAACACAUGAGCCUGCUGGCUGACCUGAAGACCAUGGUGGAGACCAAGAAAGUGACCAGCUCUGGAGUGCUGCUGCUAGACAACUACACAGACAAGAUACAGGUGAUGCGUAACAUGGUUCAUUGUGCAGACCUGAGCAAUCCGACCAAGUCCCUGGACCUGUACCGCCAGUGGACCGACCGCAUCAUGAACGAGUUCUCCCACCAGGGAGACCGGGAGAGGGAGAGAGGCAUCGAGAUCAGCCCCAUGUGUGAUAAGCAUACGGCUUCUGUGGAGAAGAGCCAGGUGGGCUUCAUAGACUACAUCGUCCACCCUCUGUGGGAGACGUGGGCUGACCUGGUGCACCCUGACGCCCAGGAUAUCCUGGAUACCCUGGAAGACAACAGGAACUGGUACCAGAGCAUGAUCCCCCAGAGCCCCUCUCCCCCCUUCUGCACCGGAGACGGAGAGCUAGAGGACGGAGAAGGAGGUCACAAAUUCCAGUUUGAGCUGACGCUAGAUGACGGACAGGAUGAGGAUGGACAGAUAGGAAGGGAGGAGGGCGAGAGGGGGACAGAAGGGGGACGUAACAAGCCUUGACCGUGAUCUUUAUAAAAGCACCAGUUUUAGGCUGUGUUUGGCAUCUUGUUUUAUUGCAGUGGAGGAAUCCUGCAAUCUGGCUCUUUGAAGCUGCUCUGCUUGUGCGCGAGGGCCUGACUGACUUAGGGCCCCUGCAGAAGAGGGUGGGGGACCACAACACUUGUUUUGGGAACCCUCCGAAAGCAGAUUAUGAUGAGUUGAAGAGUGUGAUUGCCUUGAAGGAGUGCUGUUGAACUGCUGUGUGGCAGAAGUACCAUAUCUUAGUCCUUAGCCAGAUACUACAAUCUUUGCUCUGACAAAUAAGAUGAAGCUCAUUUAUGCUAAGAGACUAUGGUGUUCAAUUGGGACAAGAUGAGAGACACUUGCACUUCAGAAUGAUUGUUGUUCUUCGUGACUGUUUUCGGGUAUAUGUUUUGUUUUGUAACGGGAUUGGAUGGGAUGUUGCCGGGUAGCGUUCAAAGUUCCAACUAGUGGUCCACAGGUAUUUGUAACGGGAUUGGAUGGGAUGUUGCCGGGUAGCGU